AUACUUUGUUCGACAAUAUCCUAAAAAAAUCAUCUCCAAUAUUAUAUUUAUAUUCAACAACUAACAGAGAAUUAGUUUAUCUUUGAAAAUGACUACUGGUGGACAAAAAAUUCCCCCUCAGAAGCAAGACACACAACCUGGCAAAGAACAUGCCAUGAAUCCAACACCUCAAUUCACUUGCCCUGAUUACAAGCCAGCAAAUAAGCUUCAAGGAAAGAUAGCAGUGGUGACUGGAGGUGACUCUGGAAUAGGACGUGCAGUAUGCAACUUGUUUGCAUUAGAAGGUGCCACUGUGAUUUUCACAUAUGUGAAGGGGCAUGAAGACAAGGACGCAAGAGACACACUUGAUAUGUUAAAAAUGGCUAAGACUGCAAAUGCCAAAGAUCCAAUGGCUAUACCAGCUGACCUUGGUUUUGAUGAAAAUUGCAAAAGAGUGAUUGAUGAGAUCAUCAAUGCUUAUGGACGUAUUGACAUUCUUGUCAACAAUGCAGCUGAGCAGUAUGAGUGUGGUUCAGUUGAGGAGAUUGAUGAACCAAGACUCGAGAGGGUGUUUAGAACUAACAUCUUCUCCUAUUUCUUCAUGACCAGGCAUGCCCUGAAGCAUAUGAAGGAAGGAAGCAACAUUAUUAACACAACAUCAGUGAAUGCAUACAAGGGGAACUCGACAUUGAUUGACUACACGUCUACUAAGGGUGCCAUUGUGGCUUUUACCAGAGCACUUUCACUUCAGCUUGUGAGCAAAGGUAUAAGAGUGAAUGGGGUUGCACCUGGACCUAUUUGGACUCCAUUAAUACCAGCUUCCUUCAAUGAGGAAAAGACUGCUCAAUUUGGUUCUGAUGUGCCAAUGAAGAGGGCUGGACAACCUGUUGAGGUUGCUCCCUCUUUUGUGUUUCUUGCUUCCAACCAAUGCUCCUCUUACAUAACUGGCCAAGUUCUCCACCCCAACGGAGGAACUGUUGUGAAUGCGUAGAUGGUGCUCGUGAUCUGUGUGCAGGGCUUUUGUGGUUUUAGUGUAGUAUAAUAUAGUGCAUAUGCAAUGCAACCGCUACUUGUUUGUACAUUUUGCUCUAAAAUGUGUAAACCUUAUCAAAUAAAAUAAUAAAUAUAUAUUUUCAAUAC